UCAUUGUUUGAUUGCUAAAGAUGGAGAAUAUGGGAGAUUGGGAGCAAAGGAAUCUGAUUUAUGAGCUGACACAAGGAAGAGAGUUAGCGAAGCAGCUUCAGUUGCAUCUCAAUGUGCCAUCUUCCUCCCAAGAAACUAUGGAAUCGCUGCUCCAGAGGAUCCAAGGUUCCUACGAAAAGGCGCUUUCAAUCCUCAAAUGGAACACCUCGGUGGCGAUGGAGGUGCAGACUGCUGGUUUGGCAACCAGGAUGGUUGAAGCUCCUCUUUCUCCUCGCAGCGGGAGUCCCCGGAGUGAGGACUCGGACCGUGAUAACAAGGAUCCAGAAAUGAAAGAUAACCCCAAGAAAAGGAGGACUUUGCCCACUCCAAGAUGGACACAACUCGUGCCAGUAACCCCUGGUACGCCGCUGGAGGUACCUCUUGAUGAUGGCUUCACUUGGAGGAAAUAUGGACAGAAAGACAUUCUCGGAGCAAAACAUCCAAGGGGCUACUACAGGUGUGCCCAUAGAAACGCACAAGGCUGCUUGGCUACAAAGCAAGUGCAAAGAUCCGAUGAAGAUCCAUUGAUUUUUGAGAUUACUUACCAUGGAAGUCAUACCUGUACUCAAGCAGUCUCCCCUUCUCAAAUCCCUCCCUCGUCGUCCCAGGAAAACCAAAACCAAGAUGCUAAUUUAAUAAACCAGCAGCAGUCACUGAAUAAUUUACCAAUGAACCUUCAAAAAGAGCUUAGAGUUGUAACAGAAGACUUGGACGUUAUCCCACAGCAACAAGCUUAUGCUUCCUUCCCUGAUUUUCCACCCACAUCAAAUGUAACAACCGCGUUCUCGUCGUCCAUGAUGGGAAAGUUUUCACCUUCCUUUAUCUCGCCAGCGGAAUCCGGAACUAACUAUUUUCCGAUGUCUGCAACCGGGAUACAUGGUGUUCAGGAGAACCUGAAUGUUCAGAGUUCAGGGCCUUUGAUCACUGAUACCAUCUCCGCUGCUACUUCCACUACAAACUCUCUAACGGCUGGGUUGGGUUUCCCAUUUGGUAAUAUUGAAUUCGAGGACCCCAACUUCACAUUUAAUGAUCCGAGAUUCUUCUCUUGAUCCAACAACUUUCCCAAAUAAUAUUUGUAACUUUUU